AUGAGCACAGUCCAAACUCACCACCGCACGCCAUCCUCGCCGACGAGGAGAUCAAUGAGCAUACCGCGAUCCCCCUCGCCACCGACGCAAACAUUCCACCCGGGCUCCAUCCUGCCCAGAUCCGUACCGACCCCCUCUCUCGUGGAGUCUGUCGCUGGUGCCGCACAUUACUCAGGCAUUCGUGUCGACCCAGAACCGCUCAAGCAUCGACAUAGUGCCCACGAGCGAAGAGCCAGCCACUUCCUAGAUGUUAAGGCAGAUCACCACCGUGUGAUAGCCGAUCUGCAGGAGCUGUAUUGCUGCAGACCCACAAUUGAAAUACUGGAUAGGACGUGGCACAAAGAUGCCGUAUUCGAGGAUCCAUGGACCAAGUGCCACGGCUUCGACGAGUACGCAGCCCUGCCCAAACGAUAUUCGAAGUCUGAGACGCUUUCCACGCGUGUCAUGUCCUCCACAAAUUCCCCAAAUCAGCUCGUAUACUUCCAAAAACAGGAGUAUACUCACAGGUUUCUUGGACGUAAGAAGAUCGUCGAAUCAAUCAUUGUCGUCAACCUCGACGAGAACGACAAGAUCAUCCGCCUCGUCGAACAAUACGGCGGCAAAGACAUUCCAGCAUGGUUCGGUGCCCACCUCCUCCGUCGUCUUAGUGCGAAAGUCACUCCGUGGCUUAUAACAGUCCCCAAGCGCUCGGUCUGA